AUGCAGAGCAAGAGUGAUAAAGUCACGCUUGCUGUAGCCAGUGAAGGGUUUUUGAAUUUCACGUUGCACUUAGGAGCUAUCUUGGAGAUUCGUGAGAAUAAGUGUGACGACACAGCAGGACAGGAGCGCUUUAGAACACUGACUCCCAGUUAUUACCGAGGAGCUCAAGGGGUUAUUUUAGUGUAUGAUGUUACAAGAAAAGACACUUUCACAGGACUAGAGAGCUGGCUGAAUGAGCUGGAAAUGUAUACCACCAAAAGCAACACCGUGAAGAUGUUAGUUGGCAAUAAAACUGAUAAGCCUGAUCGUGAAGUAGAGAGAAAAGAAGGACUCCAGUUUGCUAGGAAACGCUCACUGCUUUUUAUAGAGACCAGUGCCAAGACACAGGAUGGAGUGCAGCACGCCUUUGAGGAACUAGUCAUAAAGAUCCUGCAGACACCAGGUCUUUGGGAUAAAAGCACAGAGAAGCGGGGAGUCCAGCUAAUGGAAUCUUCAGCACAGCAGGAUAAAAGCUUAUGUGGUGCAUACUGUCCACUUUCUUAA